GUAGGUUUGUGUCCUUUUGGCUGACCGCAUGACUCCGUAUCUCGCUUCGUCGCUGUACUCGUUGUAACCUGUGUACGUGCAGCACGCGCUUCACCUUGUCCCACACGGCAGACGCCCGCUUCGAAACGCUCGCUUCAUACUCGCCCAAGUUUGUGAACUGUUCCAACAAAGUUGAGAAACUUUCUAAAGUGGGGAAGCAGUGAAGAGACAGUGCAGGUGGCGUGCAGCGCGGCGACACUGGCAGGUACUAGAAAAGCUGAUCCUUACUGAAUGACAAAGUAAUUUCACGGAUUUGCCGGUUUAAGACAAAAGGUUCCAUUUCUGCGUUGCCAGGAGAUAAUUUGCGAAAAGAUUUUGAUCCGGAGUCACAUUUCAUAGUAUGAGAGCUGUCUUUUAAAGUUGAGCCCCGCACCGCACCGGCUUGCUCGCUGUCCGCCGAGCCGCUAAUAUAGCUUUUUUCGCGCCCCACCGUCGCCUGUCCAGACCCGCACCGGCCGCCGCAAUGCUCGCGCACCAAGCACCGCUCGCCCUCUACUAAACUCAACCGUCAACAUCGAUAAGAACGCGUGUGAUAAUAUUAAUAUUUAAUACUCGCCUAAAUAAGCUUGCAACGUCGGUGUCUUUAAUUCUAACUUAAUUGUAAGAUUAAUAAAUAAGUAAGAAAUAGCCGUGCUAUCCGCGCGUGUAUCGCCGCACCGCCGCAUCGCCGCGAAGCCGGGUCGAGUGGUCGUGGUAGUGGUCGCGCGUGUGAGCAGUGAGUGCCAGUGAGGGUGCGCGUGGCGCAAGCCAGUGCAGCGACCGCACGUCUGCUCGCCUGCUAGUGAGAGAAGUGCAUGACAAGAGCGCGCGGGCGCGCUCGCUCCCCGUUGCCGCCUAUGCGACGCACUCGCUGCGCGUAACUGCGUGCGCCUCUACCGCCUUCAACAACAGUGCCAACGAUGGCCACCAUGGUGAAUAUGAAUAGCCUGCUAAACGGCAAGGACUCACGCUGGCUGCAGCUUGAAGUGUGCCGUGAAUUUCAACGGAAUAAGUGCUCGCGGCCCGAUACUGAAUGCAAGUUCGCCCAUCCCCCGGCCACCGUCGAGGUGCAGAAUGGAAGAGUCACCGCCUGCUACGAUAGUAUCAAGGGCCGGUGUAACCGUGAAAAGCCGCCGUGCAAGUACUUCCACCCACCGCAGCAUCUGAAGGACCAGUUGCUGAUCAACGGUCGGAAUCACCUCGCACUGAAAAACGCUCUAAUGCAGCAAAUGGGCCUCACGCCGGGCCAGGUGCUGCCCGGCCAAGUUCCCGCCGUGGUGGGCGGCGUGAGCGGCGCGGGCGCAGCUGCGGGCCACCUUGCCGCGCUGGAUCCGAUCAGUCUCGCUCUGCUCGCCCCGCAGGCAACAUCGCCGUACUUGUCGGGCGUGCCCGGCGUAGGCUCGACAUACGCGCAGUACUACGCGCCGCAGCUGGUGCCGGCGGUGCUGGGCCACGACCCGGCCGCCGCCGCCGCCUCGCCGCUCGGCGUCAUGCAGCAACCCGUGCUGCAGCAGAAAUUGCCUCGCACUGAUCGCCUUGAGACGGCCGCCGCAGCCCAGCAGCCGGCAGCGAGCGCGACUUCGGAGCCGGGCAAGAAACGGCCGGCGCCCGCCGAGCUCGAGCCGCCACCGAUGGACAUGAAGAGCGUCGGAUCCUUCUAUUACGAUAACUUCGCCUUCCCCGGCGUCGUACCGUACAAGCGACCGGCCGCCGACAAAGCCGGCGUGCCCGUGUACCAGCCAGCGACGACUUACCAGCAGCUGAUGCAGCUCCAGCAGCCGUUCGUGCCCGUGUCAUGUGAGUACCCCGCGCCCGCCACGUCCGCCCCGCCGGCCGCGGCCGCGCCCGUCGCGCUGCCGCCCGCCUCGCCCGCGCCCGCGAACGCACUCCCGCCCGCACACACUCCCGCGCCCGCCCCGCAACCUACGCCUCAGGCGACGCCGCAGCCCGCGCAACAACCCGUGCAGCAGCCGGCCCCGGCCCCCUCGCCGACGGCGCAGGCCAACGCGGCCGUGCUCGCCGACGGCACAGCGCCGGACCCGGCCGCAGUCGCCAAGGAGGUGGCGCAGAAGAACUACGUAGCCGCGCUGGCGUUCGCCGCGCAGCAGUCUGCGAUGGCCCAAGCCGCCGCCGCAUACACCCAGCAGGCGCUGAAGGCGCGCGCCGCGAUGCCGACGAUGCUCCGAGCGCCGCUGAUGAUGCGGCCCGGCUGGCCCGCGCCGCCCAUGCCCAUGCCCACGUUCUAUCAGCAGCCGUACAUGUACGCGAUGCCUCCGCCGGCGCCGCCCUCGGCAGCCGCGGCCGCGGCGGCGGCGGCGGCGGCUGCGGCCGUGAACCCGUACAAGAAGAUGAAGACGACGUAGAGAGGCGCGCGGCCGAGCCCGCGGCCGGCGGGGCGCGAGCGCGGGGUCUCCGCGUAGAGACUCGUAUGUGUGCGACCGAGUGGCGCGCCCCGGCCUGUCGGGGCGUUUAGAGCUAGGCGUGUUGUCACAUUUGUAUUGUAUUAUUGUGAGGACGAAGCGAGCGGCCCUCGCCCUCGCGGAUGUCUCUGUAGUUUUACGCUGUAUCUAUUCUAUUGUAUAUCCGCUCACUUACCGUCGUCAUCCUGUGCGUGUAUAUUUCUCGUGUCUACGAUCCCGGUAAUAAUAACGCUUGAGAUGCAUGACUGUACGUUUUUUAUUACAUCUUGUCGAUCGCCAUUACCGUGAGUACCCUCGUCGUACUGAGAGUUGAGCGCUUGGUCCGUCGAUCCCGCUACGUACACGCUUGUUCUCGGAGGAGCUCCGCACGGGUGCGCUUUGGCCGAUGUGUCGAUCCCGUACCUACCCACUAGUGGUAACAGGCUUGCGGCGGCAGGCCCGCACCUAACACAGCCGCCUUCUAAUUUUCGCAUGGAAUAGAAUCCACCACCCCUGUUCGUUUGGCUCGUCAGGUAUUUACUCUCAUUAUUCUAGUGCUCCUCGUGUGUGCUAUGUGUGCCGGCGUGUUCAUCGGUAGCGCCGCCGGGACGACGAGCGUCGCUCCCGCCGGUUUCUUUCGAUUGCACAUAUUUUUGUUUAUUUAUACGCUUUCUGUUACAUGCCUUCCGAAUGACCGCUUCGGCUGUCGGCCGCAUUGCAAAUCUUUUGUCGCUUUUUGUGUCGGAUCGGACAGGCUGUGCGCCGGCCAACGCGCCCUAUGUGGUGUACACCGACGAGCGCGGACAGGUAACGAGUGCCGAGUGCCGCGAGCCGCCACCGCACCGCUCCCACACCUCCCCUCACCGCCUCUCACUACACCCUCACCGCCCUUCACCGCUCCUCACCGCCCCUCACCGCCGGUAGCAUGUCGUUUGUGACGCUGCGACGCUUGCGACCCUUCACGGCCUCACCGGCUCAACACCUCGCUCUAACCAACGCCGCAUACUGCCUCGACUUACCAACCUUCUCGCAUUUUCCAUCAGUUUGAUGAUGCUUUUUAUUCACUGUAUACUCACUUCUCGCUAACAAACAAUAAUUGAUUUCAAGUGAAACAUGAAUCGGCACAAGUUAUAAUAAACAAGUAAAAUUCAUAUCUUGUUGUCGAAAACGCUAGAGGUAGAGCUUCAGAGCAAAUUCAAGCUUGUACAUUAACAGAACUAAUAACGUUGAGCGUAAUGUAUCAAGCCGCUUCAGUAGAGAGGUUAUACAUAUUUAGUUUUGUGUUAGUUCAUUACGCUUACGGCGGGCUUAGUAGACUGAGCGCUUGUUAUUAAAAGCAACAUACAGAUAUUGACCACGAUCACCAUUGUAGCGGCAGUUUCAACAACGGGUCAAGGUACGCUUGGUUGAAUGAGCUUCUUAACCUGACGAGAUGCAUCGAAGGAAGACGCUACAUGUCGGUCGAGCGUUGCGUUAACAGUUAACAGUCAAACGGGCAAGCUUAAUCUUCCUUUACUGCUGAACAGGUGGCAAGGACACGUGUUAUCCCCUUACUAAACGCAACAGUCCCGCAGACAAACAUAAGAAAGUCAAUGAGUGGGAUGAAUGGAACAUGGGACAGCUCGCGCGGGCCGGCUGAUGGCGGCCCGCGAUCUGAUGGCAUCGCUUAUCAGACGAUUCAUGUAUAUGUCAUCACCCACAUCAUUUUAGUCAUUGUGCUGUAACCGUAACUAUUAUGAUUAUUAUUGUAAUGAACAGUUGAUGCUACAACUUACUUGUUGAUGAUUUUUAGUUUUUGUAUAGUGAAACAUACUUGCUUACAAUGUGGAAGAAGUCACUCUACAGUAUUGCCUUGCUUACACCCGGUAAGAUACAAACAGCUUACUAUAAUAUCCUCAGUAUAAAUGAUUUCGUAUUUGUGGCCCACACUGAAACAUGCCGCUUUAACUUGCAUGGAGUUCAAACGUUGUCACAUUGACUUUAAUGCUAAUACAAAUGCUUAAUUAAUAAUGACGUAAUGGUUUGCGCAAGUUUCAGUAAGGGCGAUAUAAAUAAUUGAACUUUAACGAAGCCUUUGAUUUACCGUCUGCCAGAAAGUUGACUCGUUAUCAAUGCGCUAACAUUUCAUACAAAUGUUCAAUAAUAGAUAUUAAUAAGUAAUUUUGCAACGUCAACUUUCUAGCAGUAAGUAAAAUUCACCUUUUGCCAGUGUCAACUAUCAACCGCUAACAAGGGGGUUCUGUAUUUGUACUCAUUUUGACGCUUUAUAUACGUAUUCAAUUAUUAUUAUGCGUAGUUGGUAGUUGAAAUGACAAUGGUGAAGGAAGAGAACUCGAAGUGGCAACAGCUAUUGUGUGCACAGAACAUAUUGAGACGAAUCCCCACCCCUAAUACGCUGAGCUAGAUAUGUUUAUAAUAUUAAAUGUAUGCGCUGUACUGUCCCCUUGUGAUCCCUGUACGUACACUUCGAAUUUUCUUCUACGAUGCUUAAAGUGCUUCGCCGUUGCGGCUUCAAAUGCUCGCUUCCGACUUGUUGAGGCCUCUCUGACGCUUAUUUAUAAUGUUCACGUAGAGUUAAUAAUAUUACUUGGUUUUCUUUUGUUUGUCGUACAGUAACCGCACUCUCUAAUGGUCAUUAUGUUGCAGUUUGUACUACCACUAACAUGUCACGUCCAGAACUGUCAUGUAAGCUAAAGGUAUAAAUUUAAUUUGUCUAUUUACAUUACAUCCAUGGGCACGGCUCCGUCGAGGAGCAUGACCGUCCUCCGUUCCUCUGCUGAGAACACGGAUACUCAUAACAAUGUGAUCACAGCCGACGCCGACGCAAACGCCGACGCGUGUUGCCACUACCCCCACACAGCCUAUUUAGCUUUAUUAUAGCAACAGUUGGUUAUUAUGGGUACACUUUGGACGCUACAAAUCCUCUAGAACGCCCUUCGCCCUGGUAAAAGUUGUCUAGCAUCAUGCUUUAGCUUUUUUGUAAAAUAUAGUCACGCUUAAAUAAGAUUGGCUGCGCAAUAAUGAUUAUACUUCAAGCGUUCUGCAUGCCAUUUAGAUAUUAUAUAUUCAUACCUACUAUGUGCAUAGUGCAGCGUACUUUAACACAACUCUCUGACGGUUACGGAACCUCGGACCUCACUCGCGAGUCACGAGAAUAUUACCAGUGGCCACAUGUUCAAUGAUUAUCUAUCUCGCGACACUUGUACAAUAUAAAGGUGACACACAUUUGUAUCGGCGCGCACGCAAACAAAGAAUGCUUGGAAGCCCCAAUCAUAUUGUGCAACGAAUCUUGUAAAGUUCUUGUAAUAUUGAAGCAGCAACAAGAUUUGAUUUCGAGCAACUUUUGCCUUUCGUGUGUCCCGUUUGUGUUAAUUUACGUAGCGACUGAGAAACUGCACACGCAUACCUCAUCUGUCCUUACUUCAACCGUUAGGCACCUCCGUGACAAUGCGAUACAGCUGAUCAAAAUAUAUUCUAUACGUUCUCUUACUACGAUUCUCUUUGCUCUUUGAUAUUACAAAAACUAUUCCAGCGUUAUUUUUCAGACGGCUGUGCAAUGAGGAUAAUGUUCAAUGUCAGAUGUAUGAAUGUCCAAAAGUGAUGAAAUAGACAUAGCAUUAACACUAUUAACAUAUAUAAAAUUCAUAAACCGUCGCUAACGUACAAAUAGAAACACCUACAGACCUUUACAAACAAACAAACAAACAAAAAUUAUUUAGUUUCUCUUCUAUAUGAAUGAUGUUGAUCGACUGUUUAUGAAGUAGCAUUAGUUAAACAGAGCAUGCCUACGUGCCAUCCCACAAAGUUGAGCCUAAUUUUAUAUAAGACGUUAAGUUAAGAACAUCGAAAUGUUCAAGUCUCAGUCUUGAAGUACUGACAUCUGCGGUCAAGAUCUAGUUACAAGAUCUCUUUUUCUAAUCGAGCCUCUAAGUUUUUUUAUUUGCAAUUCGAGGUUUUCAAUGGUGACCCGCAAGUAUUAUUAUAAGACAUAUUCGAUGAAAAUACGCACAAGUUUUUUUUUAUAUGAAACACGAUUCACACAUUGUGGGAAUGGCAGGAGGCGUGUUUUUUUUAAAUACAAUGACAAUAUAUACUAAUGAAUGUAUUCUGUUGUGAUUUCAGUUACUGGACACCCUCCCGGUGUGCCAAGAUUUUAAUCGACAAGGAUGUACAAGACCCACAUGCAGAUUUGUUCAUAUUCGUGAAGGUGAGCCCUCGCAUCUUUAUUGUAAGCAAGUCUGUUAUUUCAUAUUUCCUGUUUACCCCUAAUGAAGGUUCAUUAAUAUACUUCUUGUAAUUUGAACACGUGACGUCGGACUGGCGUCUAUUUAGUCAUUCAUUUCACCAUGUUCCCCUAAUAUUUUGUAAUGUAUCCGAAUAUUUAAUGUUAGAUGAAAAGUUACUAUCCAAACUGUCGGUUGUUUAAAAUACAUUCUCAUUACGUAUUGGUUUCAUCAACGUUUUUUUGUAUAAACAACGUACUGUCAUUCAGUGAGAUUAAAAUUGAUUAAAACCUGUGGUAAAACUUCAUGUGUAUGAGAUGAUAUUAAAAUGAAUUCAUGUUUAGAUCACUCAGUAUUUUGUUCCCCGUCCUGGUGAUUAUGCAUGACCCUAUAUUGUAACACAUAGUGUAGUUUAGAGGCCGUUAGAUUAGUUACGUGUAAAAGUCUGACCACAUAUUAAUAAACUAUACUAUUCAAGUGAAAUUAAAUGUCUAUAAAAAUAUUAUAAUCCUGUGGUUGGACUUUCCAUUAUUUAAUGUAUUCUUUUACAUUUAUUAACUAGAUUAUGAUAAUGUAUAGGUUCACGUAGUACACCCUUUACUAUCUUUACGUAUAUUCCUUUUCGUUACUAUUAGUCGUAGUCAUACAUAUAAAGUAGAAAUCGAAUGCUGUACUAGAUGUAACCGUGUUAGUUUAUACCUUGUUAUGUUUCGUGUAGUUUGUGUUUACCGUGUUUGGUUGUUUGUUCAUCGACAUGCGUGCCCAUUCGAAGUUCACUUGGAAUGUCGCGUCGCGAUAGAGACGUGGACAAGUGUGGCAGUGUGGCAGUGUGGAGAUGUAAUGUAGUGGUUCCGGUGGCGUGAGCGGAUAGUAAGUAACGUGGCGCGGUGGUGUGUUGCAGGGUGCGGGCUGCAGGUGGUGGGGUGUCGCGUGGUGGUGUGUCGCGACGCCGCCGCCGGCACGUGCCGCCGCGCCGCCUGCCGCUACUACCACAUCCCCGUUCAAUUACCGCCAGCACUUCGUCCUCCUUAACCUGACCCGUCGCCGCCCGUCCACCGCAGCACCCUCACCCUCUCCACCCGUUCCUCCCUAACCCCCACCCGUAUACCGCAAUGUCCACCUCCCCACUCGUUCCCUCUCCCGCCCUGGCCCCGCAUCGCCCGCGCCCCGCGUUAUCCAUAUCGAUCGCGCCUCUGGCACACUCGGGAAAUGGCAGGUUCGACCGGAACGCACUGUCGCUCCCGCGACGGAGGUGGUGAUAUCUUAGUGAAUAUCGGUUAGAGUAGAUCGGCGGGAGCGGUCCGCCGCCCUAUACUCAGCACAAGCGUCGGCCCGCUCGCGCCUGGAACGCGUGUAAGUUUUCGGGAAAGAGUGUGUACAUAAGUAGCGGGAUAUGAUUCUCAGGCACGGUCAUGCGAUUGUGAUAUGAAUAGAUUUCGAGACGCCGGAGCCGUUUGAGUAAUUUUAUCGAGAUCGUACCGAGAUCGUCGAACAGUAGUUAGUGAGGUUUCAAAUGUUUUAUUACUAUUAUAUAUUUUUUUUAAGAUGCGAUAUGAGUUCCUGAAAAUACCGGCGCGGUCGCCAUCGAGCGUCGCACGGAGACUUUGUUGUAUAUAAGCGAUGUAAUUAAUUUUACGGGUGGUGCGAGGCCGCGGCGGCGGCGCGGGCGCAAGCGGCCGCCACACGGUCGGAGCCGCCACCGCUCACGCCGCCGCCACGGCCUCGGCCGGUGUCAAAAGUUGCAUCACCCCACUCCCGAUGUGAGCAUUUUUGUGAGAUUUAAGUUACUUUUUUUACUUAUAAAAUUACUUUUUUCUAGAGGUCAAGUUUUACACUAGAUUAGAUUAAGCAAAUCAGUAACGAAACACCAAUAGAGUAGCCGCUUCUCUCCUUCGGCACCGAAACUUUUGACGCCGGAGCACAAUUCAUGUUCGGCGGAGCUUUGCGGGCGUCGCGGGUGUCGGCGGCGUCGCCUCGCCCCGUCUCGCCCCGCCGCGUCCCGCCUCGUCCCGCCUCGUCCCGCUCGCACGUUAGCGUAGGUCGCGACACUCGUAGAGUGAUGAUAGAGGACAGAAAUCGAAAUACAAUCAACGUUAUCGGACAAUAUUAAAACGAAGAAAGCAUACUUCCAAGCUAUAUAUACCUUAAUUUUAGGAUAGAACGUCGGCUUUUAUUCCGGAUAGAUUUUGCUAGAUAUCAUUCUGUUACCGAUCGAAUCCCGUCUAUCGAUGCACAAAACAUAACCGACGAUCGAGUCCGACGCCUCUCGGCGAGUGCGGCCCGCUUGCGCUCGCGAGCAGUACAGACUUGAGGUUGUAUUGUUUUGGACACAAACAGUAUUAACGUUCGGCACGUACUCGUACGCGUUGUCGGAGCUCCGAACAGCGUGCGUACGUGGAGGUGGUUGGUGUGUGUCACGUAUGUGUCACGCGUGCGUCACGUGUGCGUCACGCGUGCGUCACGUGUACACGCGUGCAGUACAUGCGGAUAGAGAGGCGGGAGUGUCGCAGCCGCGGCAGCGCACCCCGUGGGCACGGAAGCCUACGAUGCCCGAUAUUAUUCCUAGUCCAUAUCCUUUUUGUUGAUCAGUCAUGCGAUUAAUGUUAGAGUAAAUAUUAAUAAUUUGAUUUAUUCCUCCCGUUUAGUGGAUAUUUUGAUAAUGAUAUAUUAAUAAUGAAAUAUUUAAGAUACAUAAUACAUAUUUGAUUCUAAAUCCUGAUAAAGUGACACUACGUUAGUAAUUUAGUCGGAGGGAUACUUGUGCCGUGAUUAUAUUUUUAGGUAUAUAUUAUGAAAUAAUUCCUAGCGUCGGAAUUAAAGAAGUGAUUAAUGUGUAAGCGUGUUAUAUUUAUUGUCGUAACGUAAGUGGAAUGCCAUAUCGAUAAAAGGUGAAUAUCGGAUGCGGAGUCAAACUCGUUAGUAGCUCGUUGCGUUUGUGUUUAUGUUGAUUGAUUGUUAUUAGAUAUCAGUCCGUGCUAGUGGCUAAGGUGAACAGUUCACUUUUAUCAAUACGGCACUAUGGCUCUUAAAUGUAUAAGUUGUCAUUUUAUUUUUUGUUAAAAUUUAUCGUUUCAUGAAUUAUUUGUUGCCUAUAAUUUUUAUAAUCAAAAUUUUAUGAUCUGACGCAUUUAUUGUAAGACAAUCGAUUACUUUUAUAAUUAAUUAGUGUGAUAAUAAUAAUUAUGGUAUCAAAUUGCCGUUAUGAAAGAUGAACAUCGAAAGUAUCCUUCCUAUUUAGAAGGGACUCGUCUGGCCCAAGGUUUCUAGUGGAUUUUAUAUUUUUUCUUUUUGUUGUAUUUUUAAUGUUGCGUGUGUCUUACACAUAAUAUAUUUCAUUUUUGUGAUAUUUUUAACUAUAAAGUACUGUUAUUAUAAAUCCAAAUGGAAUAAUGAUGACCUAAUUAAAAUAUUCAAGAAUUUAUUUGUAAAUCACAAAAAAAAAUGUAAAACUGUAAAUAUAUUGACAAAAAAAUGAACUGCAACACAAUAAUUGACUAUUAUAACUCUCAUCAAAUACAUUGUAAGUUGUUUGAGUACCUAAAUAACGGUAUCUUAUUAUGUAGUAUGUACCUACAAUCUACUUAAAGGUAAACCGGUCCAGUGAACAAAGUAUUGAUAAUAUUGUGAACAUUUUUUUAUUCACGAACAAUCACAGAAAGUACAUGACAUUGUAAUAUUAUUUAUGAAAUUACUAUGUGAUGUGAUCUUCGGAUCAAUUUUGAGUACAGUAUAGAUAAUAAACAACUGAAUAUGUGA